AUGGUAGGUGUUGCUGUGUGUCAUUGUGGCCCAAAGUUAUCAUACCUUUUCUUUGCAGAUGAUAGUUUGAUCUUUUGCAAGGCUUCUUUUAUAGAAUGUUAUGCCCUUCAAAGAAUCCUAGGAGUUUAUGAGAAAGCAUUGGGCCAACAGCUUAUCCGGGCCAAAACGUCACUAUUCUUUAGUAAAAACACCCCCACUACAAUCCAAGAGGAGAUAAAGCAAAGAUUUGGUGCACAAGUUAUUAAGCAACAUGAGAAAUAUUUGGGUCUGCCUUCGCUGGUGGGAAAGAAAAAAAGAAAUACCUUCAAUGAGAUUAAAGAGAAGCUUCAUAGAAAACUGGCGGGAUGGAAGGAAAAGCUGCUCUCAAAGGCGGGAAAGGAGGUGCUCAAUAAGGUGGUGGCACAAGCUAUUCCAAUGUAUACCAUGAGCUACUUCAGAUUACCGGAUUCACUAUGUGAAGAAUUGACAAGCAUGAAAAGGAACUUUUGUGGGGUCAACAGAAGGAAAAGAAGAGAAUAG